AUGCCAAACACCCCUCACAACCUCCCACAAACCCACUGCUACUUCACAGCCCACGAUGCAUUAGGCAAUGCUAUCUUCUACGACAAACCAGAAGAAGUGAACAUGAAGCCACUGGGGCCAGCCCUCUUCAGUGUCCUCUUCACAACCAACAAGUUUCCGCACGAGUUCGACGACGACAAGGAUGUCGUGUCGUUCCUCAACUACAAGGGCAUCGUGCCCGUCUCAAUGCCCAACGGGACUGUCGUCCGGAUCGUCGAUCUAGCCCCAGAUGAGGCAUCCCCUAUGCAUCGCACAACGAGUCUUGACUACGGAGUUGUGCUAGAGGGUGAAGUCCUCCUCGUCCUGGAGGAUUUGGAUAACGGUCCGAGACGGCUGAUGAAACGGGGUGACGUGAGUGUGCAGCGGGCGACGAACCAUGCUUGGGGGAAGGCUUUGCCGGACCACGGGAUUGGGGACAUUGAUAUGCCAGAGCAAUAG